AUGUCUGAUUAUCUAGAUGAUUUGGCUCACUUGAUAGAGUCCAAACUGGUUGAAAAUGAUUUUACUUCAGCAAGGCUUGAUAUUCCCAUUUCACCUGCUUCGCUCGCUCUUUCUGAUGCUUGUUCUUCGUUGGAUAAAGUGGAUCAAAUCAAAGCAUAUUCACCGUCUAUGCCCACUUGUUUGGCAGAGAACCCUAAUGCAUGCUCUGCAACACCUUCUUCUGAUCCGAUAGUGCUUGAUCACACUCACAAGCCUUCUGGACUUCGCUGUUCUAUCUGUGGCGAUCGGUACUUCACUAGGCCUUCGAAUCUUGCAGUUCAUAUGCAAAGUCAUCGAUUGCGAAGUACUCUCCGCCAUGCUCAAUUGGCAGAUGAGGCUCCAAUAGAUAGAGAAGCAGCUGGCAAAUCAGAUCUAGGCCUUAAAGAAGCCGGACAGUUUGUUGAACCAUUUAAUAAAGAAACUUCACGAAGAAAAUUCUAUCAUUGCAUGGUAAAGCAAACAUUAUUUUACAUUUAUAUGUACAUAUAUAAACUGCUAUUUAAUUUAACGGUGUGA